AUGGACCUGAAUUUUUCAGCUACAUCUGUCUCCCGAGCUCGAUGGUCUUCAGCGUACGCUUCAGAUCCGACAGUAUGGGAACAACUAUUUGAAACAAAAUGGAGCGUUGUUAGCAACAUUCUCGAACGGAAGCUCAGUGAUCCAGAGCACAAAGUUGUUUAUGAUGAGCUAAUGUCACUUUUGGAGAAUAUGACAAAUAUGUGUACAUUACUCAUGUUAGAAGCCAACUCACAACCUGAACCAAUUAUCGGACCGAUUCUGGAUAAAUUCUUUACUGAACAAAUUCUAGAACGAGUGCUGGAUUGGUCGAUUCAACUGACUGAUUCUUUGAAAUCGAUAUGCCAACUGGCUAUCAUUCGAAUAUUCGAAAUGAUAGUUUCAGAUUCGCAUUCUCAAAAUCACUGUCUUCUGGUUCACAAGCCAAUCUUAAAUCCUCUAUUUCGGCUAUGUGAAUGGUUUCAACGAGCAGAUAUCUACUGGAGAGUAUCUAAAUCUGAAAAUAAAAAGACUUCAGAAGCUGAAAAGAUGUUCGUUUUGCUUUUGAAUCAGAUUUGUACAAAGUUAGUUGAAGACAGAACACUUUUACAUUUCUUCUUCCACUCCAAUCAAUUUGUCGUAUUCACCGAACUAAUUCCAUUUUUAUAUUCUGCUGGAGAUACUGGACAACUUGCUAGAGAUGCUGUACUUCUGAUCCUUUCAGUGUCAGCAGAAGACAAAAGUAUUGCUGAAUAUGUGACAGAGCGAACAUCUUUCUGUCAAGUACUCACCACAGGUUUAUCAGCGUGUUUCUCCCAAUUACCAAGAAUAAUACUUGGAGAUGGAGGAGAGCGUCUCGUAGAGGAUGAAUAUAGAGAUUUCCUUGCUGAUUAUCAUUCGGCACUACUCUUCUGUAAUGCAAUUGCUCAAACUGCUCAUUCAGAAGUUGUUGGAAAUAUUGCAUCCUUUUUCUACACUGGAUUUUUAACGAAUGUGAUAAAACCAGCAUUCCUACAAAACGAUCGAGAAUAUAUUGGAGCGAGUAUGGUAUAUUUACAAAUGUGCCUAGAAACUAUCGUCGAACCUGUACUCGUUAGGUCAAUUGUACAAAUGAUUCUGACGGAACGGGAUGAUAAUGGAACAUUGUUUUACGAAAUAGUCAUUUCUUAUGUGAAAGGAGGAGAUAAAACUUCCGUGACAUCACUAUCCCUAAUUGACUCAUUUUUGAAAUUGGCAUGUGAAGAUGUAAUGUUGGCUCUUGUGUUCCGUCCACUUCUCACUAAUCACUCGGCAACCAAAAAACAAUUAUCAGUUGUAUACAAAGCAUCAAGAGGUGGAGAACUUUCGCAAACCUAUCUGAACUGCAUUCCAAUUUGUAUGCUUGAAUAUCGAGAGGCGGCUUCACAUGCAUUAUUGAGUUCGUAUAUGUAUUCAACAAGGAUUCGAAUGGAUGCAAGAUCAGAACAGUGUCGAAGUUGGAAGUGGAAAUAUGAUGGAGUAGUUGCUGGAAGUUUUGUGCUGCCAGCAGAGUCGGAUGAUGAUGCAACAUUCAAUGUGUCAUUUUCCCGCAUGUCAUCUAGCCGUUCAUCAACCUCAAUGACUCCCUAUGUAUCCAAUAGAUAUUCAAAUGGAUCACAUCUUUCACAUGUUUUCAAUAUAAAUAAAGUAUGUCCUCUUGGACAACCACAAGAACAAAAUGCUGAUCUAUCGUUAAGUGAAUUGGAUGAUGAUCUAGAAGAAGAUAAGGACUUUAUUCUUCCAAGUAUUGAUAUGGAAGAUGUUAGCGAAGAAAUGACUGCUUCAAAAGUUAUGACACAAUCAACAAUUGACUAUAUGCAUAUCUCAGGCCUGGAUGGAUCUGAAUCAGAUGAUGCUUUACCUAUUCGAAUAGAAGAUUCUGAACGAAGUGAAACGGACAGUGAAGCUCCAAAGAGUAAUUUUGUAUUAUCUGGAUGGCGAGACGUAAAAGAUAUGGGUACUUUCAAACAAUUACUAUCAAAACAAGAAGUCAAAGGAGAGAAAUUAGAUAGUUCUGAAAUUGUAGAUUUUAUAAAUCAGAAAUAUGACUCUCUGAAAUUGGGUGAAGAGAAAAAGGAAGACAUCGAGGAAGAAGAGAGUGAGAAUGAAACGAAAGGAAAAGAAAUUAAAAGUCGAAUUGUGACCGAUGGAUUCUCAAUCUACAAUUUCCCUGAAAGAUCGAAGCUUCUUCAAACAAUACUGGAAGGUGUCGAGACAUUAUGUGAAAAUGAGCUUCCUUUCAACACGGAACUAUUCUCAUUAAUUGCUGAUUUGGCUACUUAUCCACAACCUCUUUUAGCAUAUUAUCUAUUUGAUCCAAAGGAGGAUAGUUCUGAAAAACAUUUGCUUACGAUUCUGCAAGGAGUUCAGACAAGAAUUGAUGUAAUGGCUGAAGGAAUCGAAUCAUUUGAGAUUUGGAUUGAAAGAGGUUUCGAGACUUUGAAAGCGAGAGCCUGCCGAAUAAAACAACAAUCAACAGCUUCAUCACCACGAACUUCUGACGAUCACGAUCCAACAUUGUUCUAUGGAAGAAGCACGAUGGCACCGCCAGGCAGAAAGCCUCUACUACGUGAACCUUCCCGUCAAGAAACCCUAGACGACCAGACAGCUCGCCGAACUGCACUUGCCGCAAUUCUUCUUGCCCAUCUCUGCCAGAUGCUUGCCUCUAUUGUACUACAGCAAUCUCUCAUUAUCUGAAUCCUGUAUAUUCAAAUCACUCACAGGCUCCAAGUACUGCAAGACCUGAGAUAAGAAACGUUAAAACGUUUCCUUUUGCCUUUUCUCCCGCUAGACGCCCUUUUAACAAUUUUGCCAAAGGCACACACACACAACACGAGGAGUCGUAAAUUUUAUCAUACGAUAUGAUGUUUUGUGUGCGUGUGCCUACUAUCUUUCUUUGUUUGUACUUUUGUUUGUGAGGCGGAGCUAUGUAGAAUGGGGGGUCAGCUAGACCAAAUUCUGAAGGCGUUACACUUUGACGCCAUCUUACCACCAUAGGACAAAUCAAAACGUGUUUCUAGAUAUGAUAGUUUGAACCAACUGCCCCCGGCCACGCGUUUUUUUCACCGAAUUUCCCUUUUUGUGUUGCCAUUCUUUUUUGCUUCUUUUGUGAUUAGGUGAUUAGAAACUCAUGAUCAAAAUUCAAAAUAUAGGAAAGUGGAGGAAUUUGAAAUUUUGAAAAGUUUGCGAAGAACUGUUUAGUGCUUAUUAUGGGAUGUCUAAACUAUUUUAGGCAUUACGGAUUGCAACAUCUUUAAUCACUGAUAUCUCACCACGAUCGUGGGGUACGGUACAUUCAUAGCAAGAUAUCAGCUGAAUGAUUACAUAAAGUCACGAAUUGUUGCAAAUUUUUAAAAUUAUUACUUUUUAUCUUAACAUAACGACCACGUAAGAUAAGAUUCCGCAUACUUUUUUCAUGCCAUUUUCAAUAAUUGUAGUGACAUUGUUAGGCCAUACCUGCUUGUAGUCUACGAGUGUUCCUCUGAACACUUCACUACGUCACUACACGCUAGCCAACUUUUGGAACCACCACCUGUCAGAUACUAAAGAGUCGAUUCCAUCACCACCUGGCUGCGACUCAUCUUUUGGUCUUUGAUUUCAGGUACAAUUCCUAUUGUAAAUUUUACGAACAUCUGUUGUCGCUUUAGUUGUUGAUCGGUAAAACCUUACGUAAUUGUAUAGUAUGUGUCGAUCUGGUAGUUACAAAAGUUGUUUGGAAUCUUUUAUCAGAUAUUGUUCAUAAGUCCUAGCUACCGUACUAUGAGAAACUAGGUGAGAAACUUCCUUUUUCUGAAAACUAUUGUAUCUCUUUUCAUUUAAUAUUUUAUCAUCAGGCGGCAACGUGACUCGUCACGUGGUGUCAAAAGACAACCCCCUCCCGCUACGCUCUUCGUCUCGGGAAGUUAGACAGUGUCUGACGCCGUGGAGACGCAGACAGUGAGGGCCACCUGUGCGGUCGAUGCCUGCGUCUCUAUCAAACCCCGUUGUCCCUAGGCUAUUGUCUCCUCACUUUCCAUUAUGUCUCGUAGGGUGCUUCCCAAUGUCUCCGCCUCUCUUAUGCGUAAUCGUAUGCAUUCAAUCGCUGCCUAUCUUUCCCCAUAUUUUGCUUCUGCUUCUCCCAUCCCUCGCUAUAUCCUUUUUCCAAACUUUUCAAUUAUCAAUGUUUGAUAAGCCAACGAAAGAAAAUGUCCCCAUUUGAAUUCAAAUCUUAAGCUGGUCCCUAUGUGAUUUUCUCGCUGGUCUGUGAUCCAUAGUGUCUAUUUUUGAUAUUAUUGUUCUAAUCACCCCCAUCCUCUGUUUCUGUAAAUAUUUUCUUGUUCCAGUUUGCUCGUAUUUCAAGACUCAUUUCACUACACAUUUACAGUCAUAAUAAAAGAUUUUUGCCUA